AUGGAGGACCGGGGCUCGAAGAACCAUCUUUUGGUGGAACGGGGUUCGGGGGUCCACCGUUUGGAGGUCCAAGGAUCAAAGGACCACUGCUUGGACCACCGAGGCUCAGGGGACCACCCGUUGGAGGACCGGGGCUCGGCAGACCCUCGCUUGGGCCGGGGCUCGCUGGUCCACCGCUUGGAGGACCGGGGCUCGGGGGUCCACCAAUUGGAGGACCAGGGAUCAAAGAAUGACCCGUUGGAAGAUCGGGGCUUUGGGGAGCGGGGCUCGGCGGACCCUCACUUGGAGGCCCGGAGUUUGGGGGACCACCGCUUGGAGGACCAGCGGCCGAAGCGGUGCACGGCGGUGAUCACACUGAGGCACCACAUGCCCCCCAUCCCUCAGCUGAUAGUGACUCAGGAUGAGUCGCUUCUCGGACCGCGAGGCCUGCCCAGCGAGCAGCCGCAGGAGGAGGAAUCACCAUCGUCCGACAGCGGCUUCGGCGGCUCCCCAGCAUCCUCGCUGCUGCUCCGCAAGCUCUCCAACUCCUCGUCCGUCUCCUCCUCGGCCGGUCUCUCCUCAUCCUUCGACGAGUCUGAGGACGAUUUCAGCCCCUGCAGCGACGCCGAGUCCCACCAGCCGCAGCACCUGAGCCUGGAGGAUGCCUCGGGGAACAAGUCGUGGAAGAAGCUGAAAACAAUGGUGCAUUGGUCCCCGUUUGUGGUGUCCUUCAAGAAGCGUUACCCAUGGGUGCAGUUAGCAGGUCAUGCAGGGAAUUUCCGAGCCGGAGACUAUGGGAAGAUCCUGAAGAAGUACUGUGAGUGUGAGCAGCAGUGCCUGGAGUCCCUGAUGAAGGACUCACAACUGCGUCCCUUCGUGCCGGGCUAUUAUGGCGUGGUGGACAGGGACGGAGACAGCUACAACCAAAUGGAGGAUCUCUUAGCCGAGUUCGAUUCCGCCUCGAUCAUGGACUGUAAAAUGGGUGUGAGGACAUAUCUGGAGGAGGAACUGACCAAGGCUCGGGAGAAACCCAAGCUGCGGAGGGACAUGUAUGAGAAGAUGAUCGGGGUGGACCCCAGCGCUCCCACCCCCCAGGAGCACACUCAGCAGGCCGUCCUCAAACCCCGCUACAUGCAGUGGAGAGAGACCCUCAGCUCCACUGCCACCCUCGGCUUCCGCAUCGAGGGCAUCAAGAAAGCUGACGGAACCUGCAACACCAACUUUAAGAAAACCAAACAACAGGAGCAGGUGGUGGUGGCACUACAGGACUUUGUGGACGGCAGUAAAAACAUUCUGAAAAACUACCUGACCCGCUUGAAAGAGCUGAGAACGGCGCUGGAGAACUCCGAGUUCUUUAAGACCCACGAGGUGGUGGGAAGCUCCUUGUUAUUCGUUCACGAUCAGAGCGAGAUGGCCAAGGUAUGGAUGAUAGACUUUGGGAAAACCAUGUUGUUACCUGGGAACGAGACGCUGAACCACAGGAUUGCCUGGGAAGAGGGUAACAGAGAGGAUGGCUAUCUGUGGGGACUAGACAACCUGAUCAACAUUAUCAGCCAAAUGGUGACGGACUGAGCUCCAAACCAGUCUCCUGCCGGCUUGGUCUUCAGUCUCUUGAACGACGGACGCACACACUCGCGAGCGGGAGUGGCUGUUAAUGUCAAUAUCUCCGAGGUUUUCUGCAGUUCCCACCUCCCUCUCCAGAGAGGUUCCUUGUGAUGGACGGACACUGCCCUGUGCACAACGUGGCCAGGACGGACGGACGCACGGAGGAGCAAAAAAGAGGGGUGCUUCUUGAGGGAGUACGUUUGCGAGGGUGUAGCGAGCAUGGUUUCCUUGACUCUCCCCGACCCCACUCACCCUCCCACAUCUAUUCUGCCCCCCUCUCACCCCACGCCCGGCCUUUGAAUAUUCAACAACAAACUAAGUCGCAAUAACUGGAAGACCCUUUUGAACUUGAACACUCGGACACCACUGCGAUACUGAUGGAACUAACCGUAAAGUAACCAGAGAGCGAGAGACGAGGGGGAGAUUUUUUCUCCUGACUCAUUUCUAGAUGGCGUUCAUGAUCUCGAAGCCACGAACGUAGCGAUGUCAGUUCAUCUCUCGAUUUAACACUCGCCGUGCAAAGUCUACUAACAACCUGUUUGAAAAUGAUUUCCUCUUUUAAAGACUGAUUUUAAGAAAAUGUGGAGGUGUGAGAGAAGGUGGGGUGGGUGAGGGGAGAGAGAGAGAGAGAAAGCUUGCUGAGAGGUUGCUGAAUGGUGUGUAUGGAUCGCUUAAGACCUGUACCUCGAUGGUCAGAGCCCUCGCCUCGCAAGCGAGAGGACCCGAGUUCGAUUCCCGGGU